AAAAAAGACAUACGACAUACUAUUUAAUUGUUGACAUUCGUCUACAUAAAUUAAAUUCUUUUUAAAGUUUUAACCAUAAUUAUAGAAAUACUAAUAUUGACUUGAGUAGUAAAAUUGGGCGCGAGAUCUUCCACAUAAGUAACUGUGGUAUUAAUAUCUUACCAUUUAAAAAUUUUAACAAAAAAUUUAAAUAGAAAUUUAAAUGAAAUAUUAAAUAUUGUUUUAUUGGGCGUAAAAUAACACGUCUCUUCAAAAUUGGCGAUCCUUCUAAAAUCUAUUUGUGAAAGCAAUCUAACCUAUCAUCACGACUAUUAGAAACUGUUAUAAAAUGUGUAAUGUGUAAACAUAAGUCUCUGACAUAUAAACAUUUUAUUUUUUCAUUGAAUAUCUAUUUGUCAAAUAAAAAUCGUAUCAGAUUCAAAGAGACAGUGAAAGACAGUAUUUAAAAAUGACGAGUCAAGGGAGCCAAAUUGUAAAUAUAAAUGUCUAUUUUAUUGUAUCAAAUGAAUAUAAUUCUGAAGAUGAUUGUGGUGAAGAUAUGUGUCAUGCAUACAAUAAAUGUUGUGAAAAUGAUUUACACCCAAUAUGGAUCAGUGAAAAAGAUUGUAAUAAAAUGAAACCUAACAAAACUGAUGUCUUUGUAAUGGAAAAAUUCGAAGGAGAUACAUUUAAUAAAUUAAGAACAUUUAAAUGUUCCAUAAUUGGACCAAAAUGUUUAUUAGUUUGUUUUAACAAUGGAGAACCAAUUCCAGAAGGGAUAAGCCCAGUGUAUACAACAACAAUGAGAGGUCUAUGUGUAUGUGCUUCUGGUUUAUCUUCAGAAGAAAAGGAACAUGUACAAAAAUUAGUAGAAUAUAUGGGAGGAAUUUUUACAAAACAGUUACGUAGUCGUGUAACACAUCUUGUAACAUCAUCUGUCAUGUCUGCUAAAUAUGAGACAGCAAUAGAUAUGAAAAUACCAAUAGUUACAAAAGAAUGGAUUGAAGCAAUCUGGGAAAUGAAUUUAAAGGAUUUUGUUACACCACAUGACAAAAUGUUUGAUAAAUAUAAAGCUUCUGUGUUUCUUAACUUAGUUGUAACAUCAACAAAUCUUCCAAAACGUCAGAAGGAAGAAAUUAAACGUUUAAUUAACACUAAUGGAGGAAUAUUUAUGGGUCCUUUGGAUGGUGCAAAAGUGAAAGUUGUACUUGCACCUGAAAAUAGUCCAAUAAGUGAGAAGCUUAAAUAUGCAAAGAAAGCAAAUAUUGCUUGUUUAACACCAAAUUGGGUAUAUGAAAGUAUAAACAUUGGCUAUGCUUUGCCUUUUAAAGACUACCUAAUUAAGACACUAAAAGCAUGUUCCACUCCAGAAAAGUUCAACGUAUGUGAAAGUUUUAAUUGUUCUACGAUAAGUUCCAUAACAUGUGACACACAGCAAGGCAAUUAUAUAGAUGAAACCUCAAUAACAACAAUGAGCAAUGUUUCUACCCUCGAUACUUUAUAUAACAACAUUUCUACUGUUUCUACAACUACUACAGUCUUGGAUAGACUUACAUUUAGUGAAGCUAAAGCGGCUGGUCCGUUUCUAGAUGGUUGUAAUAUUUACCUAGCUGGAUUCGCUUCUAAUCAACGGGAUAAACUUAACAAAAUAUUAAACGUAGGUAGUGCAACGCGACUUGAUGAUAUAUCUGACGCUCUAACACACGUUGUCGUCGGGGACGAAAACAGAGCAGCUAGUGAACUAAAACUACUGAAAUCGAAAAGAUUAUGUCCAUACAUAUUGACAUUGGAAUGGUUGGAAGAAAGUGUCAAAUUAAAACGGCCCGCGCCAGAAGAAAAUUUUUUAUGUGGACAAAAAAAUACUGUAGUUCAAAAAGUUACAGAACCAGCAUCACCAUUAAGUAAGAAGAAUUUACAAAUGCUACAAAAACCGAAGAAAGUUUCUAUACCGUCUUUUGACAUAGACCGAAAAUUGGCGAUGUUAGAAAAAGAGAAAGAAUCAUCCGAUCUACUUCAACAUUAUCUUCAAGAUACAGCUGAUGCAACAAAUGAUAAAACAAUGCAAGAAUUUUUAAAGCCCGAUACACUUGUUUUGGGAGAAGAUAAUGUUAAAACCUUGGUAGAUGAUCAUGAAAGUAAAAAAAAAUGCUUAAAAGAAUCUAUAACACUCGCAGCAGAUGAUACUGCAGUACCGAUUAAUCAAACAUCUACUAUGAAUGAUAGACUAUUUGAAGGUUUGACAUUUGUCGUAACUGGCUUCAACGAGGAAGAUAAUUUUGUAGUUGAAACUAUAAUGGCAAUGAAUGGAAAAGUAGUUUCAAGUACGUUCGCUGGUAUUCCAGAUUAUGGUGUAGUACCAAAAUGUGGCGCACCUUUAAAACAUACAGUGAAUGAAAUCGUUACCGAUUUGUUUAUUGAAGAUUGUGUAAAUCAGGAACAAAUAGUUGAAAUUAUGUAUUAUCAUAAACCUCUAUCUAUAAAAAAGCAUUCUACUCCAUUAUCAGACUGUGUUAUUACAAUGAGCACAUAUGUUGGAGUAGAACGAACGUAUCUUAUAACAUUAGCUGCGGAAUUGGGUGCCAUGUGUCAAGAUAUUUUCGUUCGUAAAACUAAUCUUGAAAAAAAUAUAUGUAGAAGCACCCAUUUGGUUUGUCCGACACCCGAAGGAAACAAAUAUAACGCUGCAGUGAAGUGGAAAUUACCAGCUGUUACUGCAGAAUGGUUAAAAGCCUGUGCAGUUCAAUCGAAACGGGUUGACGAAACGCCGUUUCUUGUAGGAGAAACCAUAGCUCCUGAAAGACCAACUGAAACUAACGAAACAGACGCAAGUUCAUUUAAAGUGAACUCAAAUCAAAUGGAUCUACCAACUGAACCAGCAGCUAGGAACAUUAUUACUCCAAAACGACAUUUAUCAAAUUUACAAAAUCAAGAUGGCAGUUCCGGCGAUAAACCGUUAAUAAAUAAAAGACUCAGUUUACUUAUGAACAAAACUCCUCAAUCACAGUUUCAUAUGUCUACGCCAGAAACAACAUCUAGUCAAGUAUCCAGACCCAAUUCUUCACCAGACACAAGAAAAGAUUGGGCAAAAUGGGUUGAUAAUUUUCCAGAGUCAAAAAUAGAAGAACCUCCUUUAAAAAAAAGGGCACUUAGUACACCUCUUUCAGAACUUAAAAGACAGUUAUGGCAGAAACUAAAAAGUGAGACUUGUGAUCCAGAGCGGAAUAAUGCAGAUGAGACAUUAUCUCUUAACGACGAUCAAGCGUCAAAAGAAGCACCGGAAGAAGCAAAAGAUGAUAGCAAAAUAACCGCUACUACUCCCAUUAGGAAAAAAUUAGAAUUCACAGAUGAAAAUAAUGCACUGCCAAAUAAUGAGAUUAAUAUGCAAAUUGCACAACUGGAUCAAGUACUUCAAAGAGCAUCAAGUACUCCGGAGAAUAGGUAUUCUCUUUCCGGAGAGAAUGCAGACACAUAUAGCGCUGAAUGUUCCGAUCCUAUACAAAAAUUUAUUGUAAAAGAUUCUCAACCUGUCGAUGCUAUUGUAUGGGAAGAUCCCAGCCACUCAAAACGGUUGAUAACGCAUGGAGAACAAAAUGAAAGUAUCGCACACGAAGGAUAUACUAUAAACAAUGAUGAAGAAGAAUCCUUAGAAGAAGAAAUUGAACCAGUAAAAAAGAAACCAAAAUUCAUGCUAUCAGGCAUGAAGGAUAGAAUAUCAUAUGAAAAAGUGAUAAGAGAUCUCGACGGUGACGUAUCAUCAGAUGCUUGCUUUGAUAUAAGUGCAACACAUUUGCUUUGUAUUAGACCAUCAAGGAAUGAAAAAAUGCUUGGAAGUAUAGCAUCAGGAAAAUGGGUUCUACAUUGCAUGUAUUUGCGGGACUCUGAACAAGAAGGGAAAUUCCUUGAUGAAGAAAAAUAUGAAUGGGGGAAUCCAAAAAGUAAAGGCAUUAUACCGGAUCCUAGUGACAAAAUUGAAGAAACAAUCGCAGCAGCCGCGUAUAGAUGGAGGCUUAGAUUAUUAAAAGAACCGAAUAGGCCGUUUCACAAUAUGGUUGCUUUGUUAUUAGCUUCUGGGGACAAAUACGAUCAAUUUAAAAGAUUAAUCGAAGCUGGAGGUGGGAAAGUUGUCCAAGCACGACCACCAUACGAUACAAGUCCAACUGGAAAGAAGAUUACUCAUUGUUUCGUGAAUCCUAAACAAGCCAGUCAACCGAUCGACUGGGCAAUGUUGGCCAGUAAAGGUAUUCUCUGCUUUAUGCCACAAUAUUUAAGCGAUCAUCUUACUGCACAAACCCCAUUAAAUCCACGAGAAUGUGUAAUUGACGAAUUUAAAAAGUAUUUAACAUUAUUACCGAAAUAAAACGUUAACAAAUAACGCCUCCAAAAGAUUUUGUAUAAUAGUAUUUACAAAUGUAUAUCUGUAUAUAGAAAAAAUACAUAUGUCAUAUUUUAUUAAA